AUGACUGUUUCCCAACCAGCCCCAAAGUUGGGCGCCAUUGCCAAGUCACAGGACGAAGCCACACAGGAGGAAAUUGUGGGCCUGAUUCUGGCCUGGUGGUCCCAAUUUGAAGGGAACCACCCUUCCCUAAAGUCCACUCCCCCACACACCCCACAAAUGCCCCUGGGUCCCUGGACUUCUGAGGACUUCACCCUGGGCCUCCCCAGGAGAGGCCCAGGAGGCGGGGGUUGGGGUCCCGCCUACCCACUGGGAAGAGCCAAGGGCUCAAACGCCCCCAACCCAGCCCGCAAAUCUCUCCGGCGAACCCGGCCGGCCCAGACACCCUCCGCUAGCCGCCUCCGCCGGUUUAGGACUGAGCUUGUAGCGCCGCCGCCCGGCGAGGGGCGGAGUUGCCACCACGUCUGCGCAGGCGAGCUGCAGGCUGGCCCGCGGCAUUCUGGGAGUUUUAGUCCUGACGCUUCGGGACCGCCCAUAGGUAUUGCCCCUGACCGCGCAAUGAGGACGCCGCUUCCCCGCAGUCGCCUCCCAAGUUCGCGGAACGCAGCGUACCGGCUCCCUCUGGACUGGCCCCCCAGCCCGGAUCCUCUGACUUCUCUCUGGUACCGCCGUUCCGUUUUCUUACCUUCUUACCUCGUCUCUAUCACCGAGGCGCGUCCUCUGGCCCAGGGCCUCAGUCCUGAACACUAAGACUGGGCAGAUUCCCGACUGAUUUCUGAACCUAGACGCCUUCCAAGGGUCCCCCUCGCCACACCCUCUAGUUUAUCAACUCAUCUUACGAACUGUGAUUUCUCUCCCCAUCUCUAGCUCCGGGUACUUCCCUAGUAGACUCCUUUCCCUCGCCGGUGUAGCAUUCCAGCCAGAAGGAGUGCCGGUCCCGGUGCUCCAUUCCCAGGGACAGACCCUCAGGGGGAGUCCCUAGGGCCCCUGGGGCUCCAGCUGUCCCCCCUCUUCCUUAAAGCCCAGCUUGGAGGAUAGGGACACACUUAAAACGGAAGAGGAAUGGUCUCCGGGACAGUCAAAGGUUCAACAGCAGGAAGUUCUUAAGAAAUCACUUACAGAUGGGGAGGGUCUUUGGAAGCCAUCUGGCCAGGGCCCAUUCGUCUUUGGCCCUGCUCUGCAGUCUCAAAGAUGGGUUUAAACUUCCAGCUUGGUUUUGUUACGAGGAAAACAGCUGGGAUGUGGAGAAAGACCAAAUCUUUUUUUAAUAUUUAAUUUUUAUGGGUACAUAGUAGGUGUAUAUCUUUAUGGAGUACAUGAGAUAUUUUGAUA